CCUGCGCCUCUCGCUCUGCGGCUCGCGUUGUUGCCGGCCGGCGCAGCCGGUUUGGGCUGCUGGAGGCAGGACGGGGGAGGAGCGCCGCGGGCGGGCGGUGCUGAGCGGCGGGAGGGACUGUCCGGCCAUGCAGGGCGCAGAGCUGGCGAAGGGAUCUUGAGACCCGGCUCUGCGCGCUCAGGGGCGGCUGACGCCCCCCGCGCUCCCCACUCCGCUGCCGCUGCCGGGCCGCAUCUGGACGGGGCGCCGCGCGGCGGGGCCGACGCUGGGCCACAAUGCUGCUCGGGGCGUCUCUCCUGGGAGUGUUGCUAUUCUCCAAGCUGGUGCUGAAACUGCCCUGGACGCAGGUGGCGUUUUCCCUGCUGCUCCUCUAUCUGGGGUCUGGCGGCUGGCGCUUCGUCCGGAUCUUCAUCAAGACCAUCAGGCGCGAUGUUUUUGGCGGCCUGGUGCUCCUGAAGGUGAAGGCGAAGGUCCGGCGGUACCUGCGGCAGCGGCGGACAGUGCCCAUCUUGUUUGCCUCUACGGUGCAGCGCCACCCUAACAAGACAGCCCUGAUCUUUGAGGGCACAGACACACACUGGACCUUCCGCCAGCUGGAUGACUACUCGAGCAGUGUGGCCAACUUCCUGCAAGCCCGGGGCCUGGCCUCCGGCGACGUGGCUGCCCUCUUCAUGGAGAACCGCAAUGAGUUCGUGGGCCUGUGGCUGGGCAUGGCCAAGCUGGGCGUGGAGGCCGCCCUGAUCAACACCAACCUGCGGCGGGACGCCCUGCGCCACUGCCUGACCACCUCCCGGGCCCGGGCCCUCAUCUUUGGCAGCGAGAUGGCCCCAGCUGUCUUUGAGAUCCAUGCCAACUUGGACCCUUCAGUCAGCCUCUUCUGCUCUGGUCCGUGGGAUCCCCGCCUAGUGCCUGCCAGCACGGAGCACCUGGACCCCUUGCUGGAAGAGGCCCCCAAGCACCUGCCCAGUCGCCCUGACAAGGGCUUCACAGAUAAGCUCUUCUACAUCUACACAUCGGGCACCACGGGGCUGCCCAAAGCUGCCAUCGUGGUGCACAGCAGGUAUUACCGCAUGGCUGCCCUGGUGUAUUACGGAUUUCGCAUGCGGCCCGACGACAUUGUCUACGACUGCCUCCCACUCUACCACUCCGCAGGAAACAUCGUGGGAAUCGGGCAGUGCCUGCUCCACGGCAUGACAGUGGUUAUCCGGAAGAAAUUCUCAGCCUCUCGGUUCUGGGAUGAUUGUAUCAAGUACAACUGCACAAUUGUGCAGUACAUCGGCGAGCUGUGCCGCUACCUCCUGAACCAGCCGCCGCGGGAGGUGGAGAAGCGGCACCAGGUGCGCAUGGCGCUGGGCAACGGCCUCCGACAGUCCAUAUGGACCGAAUUUUCUGGUCGCUUCAACAUCCCCCAGGUGGCCGAGUUCUACGGGGCCACUGAGUGCAACUGCAGCCUGGGCAACUUCGACAGCCAGGUGGGAGCCUGUGGCUUCAACAGCCGCAUCCUGUCCUUCGUGUACCCCAUCCGGCUGGUACGUGUCAACGAGGACACCAUGGAGCUGAUCCGGGGGCCCAAUGGUGUCUGCCUUCCCUGCCAGCCAGGUGAGCCAGGCCAGCUGGUGGGCCGCAUCAUCCAGCAGGACCCCCUGCGGCGCUUCGAUGGCUACCUCAACCAGGGCGCCAACAAUAAGAAGAUCGCCAAAGAUGUCUUCAGCAAGGGGGACCAGGCUUACCUCACCGGUGAUGUACUGGUGAUGGAUGAGCUGGGCUACCUGUAUUUCCGAGACCGCACGGGGGACACGUUCCGCUGGAAAGGCGAGAAUGUGUCCACCACGGAGGUGGAGGGCACACUUAGCCGCCUGCUAGACAUGGCCGAUGUGGCAGUAUAUGGGGUCGAGGUGCCAGGAACCGAGGGCCGAGCCGGAAUGGCUGCUGUGGCUAACCCCACUGGCACCUGCGACCUGGAGCACUUUGCACAGCUGCUGGAGAAAGAGCUGCCCCUCUAUGCCCGUCCCAUCUUCCUGCGCCUCAUGCCCGAGCUUCACAAAACAGGGACGUUUAAGUUACAGAAGACAGAGCUGCGGAAGGAGGGCUUUGACCCUGCCACCGUGAAAGACCCGCUGUUCUACCUGGAUGCCCGGAAGGGCCGCUAUCUACCGCUGGACCAAGAGGCCUACACCCGAAUCCAGGCUGGCGUGGAGAAGCUGUGAUUUGCCCUGAGUCCCUCUCAGGGCCAGCAGAUACUGGAUCCAGAGCCCCAGCUCACACCCCAGAGGGGUCCUGGGUUACGCCAGACCAAAGCAAGCAGGGCCCAGCACCUCAACUGUGAGGUGCUGGCCACCUCCCCCUUCAAACUGCCAAGUGACUCACUGCCGCCUCCCCCUCCCCCAGGCUUUCUGUGAAAGCCUCAUGCCCCUGUAUGUCUUCGAGGCCGGGCAGGGCUCCAGGCUGAGACUGACGGCCCCUCAGGAUGAUGUCUUGGUCAGGUCAGGGGGAGGGGAGGGUCGCCAAGCGCUCCUCAGAGAGCCAGGGAGUUUGUAAAUGGGACCAGGGCAUAAGCCCCCAGACUCAGGAAGCCAGUAGAAUGGGCAGAGGCAGAAGUGCCCGUUGAUCAGCUGGUUGAAGAGGAUCCUGCCCCGCUGCGGCUCUAGUGUGAGACUCCGCUCUGCCUGCACCUCCAGGAGGACGGGAGAGGACCCCGACCUGCAGCAGGCCGCCCGACUGCACAUCCUCCCUCCUACCCUCUCCCUGGUGGGUGGCUGCCUGGCUGUCCCUCAGGCAGGGCCUUUCUGUCUGGGUCUAUCCAUGUCACCUCCAUCUCAGUCCUGGCCUGGCUUUGAGAGGAGGGAUGGGGGCACUCAAGGGCCAAUAAACUCUGCCUUGACUCCCCCCA